GGCGGCUACGGCGCGGGCGGCCGCAGGGGAAGCGCGGGGCAGGGCUGGCCGGGCGGGGCCCGAGCUCCGGGCUGACGGCGUCCGCAAGGCGGAGGGCGCGGGGCGGCAGCGCGGCGGCGGCGGCGGGGAGCGGGCGCCAGGAGGGACGGCUGUCGGCGCCCGCGCCGCAGGGACUUUGACGUUCUCCGCGGCGGCUCCGGCUGCGCCGGGUGGGGGCCGCCCGAGUCCCCCGGCCGCGUCUCCGGCGAGUCCCAGCGGCCCCGCGCUCCGGCCGGCGGGCGCCCCGAGGGCAGGGCCGCGAGCGGAGGGCGGCGCUGCGGGCGGCGCGAUGGCGGGACGGCCCCCGCGACGUGACCGCUGAGGACGCCCCCGCCGCGCCCGGGCCCGGCCGCGCCGAGACAAAGGGGAGGCGCCCGCACGCGCGCUCGCGGGAGGCUCGCGGGACGGCCGGACGCGGCGCCGCCUCAUCCCGGGCCGGGCGCGCGGGGCCGAUGCUCUGAGCGGCCCGGACCCCGGGCCCGGACCCAGACCCCGACCCCCACCCCCCAGCGCCUACCCCGCGGCCGGCAGCACCAUGUGAAGGGCGGGCCGGCGCCCCGAGCGCGUGAAGAUGGGGGAUGCUGCGGACCCCCGGGACGGGAGGAGGACGUUCAUUGUUCCAGCCAUCAAGCCCUUCGACCACUAUGACUUCUCCAGGGCCAAAAUCGCCUGCAAUCUGGCCUGGCUGGUGGCCAAGGCCUUCGGGACAGAAAAUGUGCCAGAGGAGCUUCGAGAGCCAUUUUACACAGAUCAGUAUGACCAGGAACACAUCAAGCCGCCUGUUGUUAAUUUGCUUCUCUCGGCUGAACUGUACUGUCGCGCUGGGAGCCUCAUUCUCAAGAGCGACGCUGCCAAACCCCUUUUGGGCCAUGAUGCUGUCAUCCAGGCUUUAGCACAGAAAGGUCUUUAUGUCACUGACCAAGAAAAAUUGGUAACAGAGCGAGAUCUCCACAAGAAACCCAUACAGAUGAGCGCUCACCUGGCCAUGAUGGACACCCUCAUGAUGGCUUACACCGUGGAGAUGGUCAGUGUGGAGAAGGUGGCCGCGUGCGCUCAGCAGUACUCGGCUUUCUUCCAAGCCACAGACCUGCCCUAUGACAUUGAGGAUGCCGUCAUGUACUGGAUAAAUAAGGUAAAUGAACAUUUGAAAGACAUAAUGGAACAAACACAGAAAUUGAAAGACCACCACACAGUGGAAGCUUCAGGAGGCCAAAAGUCUCCUUCCAAAUGGUUUUGGAAAUUGGUUCCAGCUCGUUACAGGAAAGAGCAGACAUUGCUUAAGCAACUGCCUUGCAUUCCGUUGGUAGAAAAUUUGUUGAAAGACGGCUCGGAUGGCUGUGCGUUAGCUGCCCUUAUUCAUUUUUACUGUCCUGGUGUCGUCAGAUUAGAAGAUAUUUGCCUGAAAGAAACCAUGUCAUUGGCUGACAGCCUCUAUAAUCUGCAGCUGAUUCAAGAAUUUUGCCAAGAGUAUUUGAACCAGUGUUGCCAUUUCGCCCUGGAAGACAUGCUGUACGCCGCUUCCUCCAUAAAGAGUAACUACCUGGUGUUCAUGGCGGAGCUCUUCUGGUGGUUUGAGGUCGUGAAGCCCUCCUUCGUCCAGCCCCGCGAUGCUCGUCCGCAAGGAGCUGAACCUGUGGACGAUCUGCCCUCAGUUCCUGUCUUAACUGCUGCCCAGAGAAACGCCUUGGACAGCUCUGACUUCACCCCAAGUGGGGAAGGAGCUGCGCUUACACACUCUCGUCCUCAUUUGCCUUCUAGACACUCACGUCCCCAAGCUCAUCCUUCAGCCUCAGGAGGAAUAAGAAGGUCUUCCUCUAUGUCCUAUGUUGACGGCUUCAUAGGGACAUGGCCCAAGGAGAAAAGAUCAUCAGUGCAUGGCGUUUCAUUUGAUAUUUCUUUUGAUAAAGAAAGUAGUGUACAGAGAUCCACUCCAAACCAAGGAAUCACUCGUUCUAUUAGUAAUGAAGGACUUACUCUGAACAACAGUCGUGUAUCCAAGAACAUUAGGAAAAAUCUGUCCUUCAAGCCAGUAAAUGGGGAGGAGGGAGCAGGAAGCAUUGAAGAAGAACUUCACGUGGGCUCUCACGGCCACCUGGCGGCCUACGUGCCCCUAAACACAAACGAAGUAGGUCCUAAGCAGAACAUGGCUCACAGGCUUCCGAAUGGAGCUCUGCAGGGCAGAGUGCUCCUCGAUGAGUUCGGCAGUCAGGUCGGGACCCCCAGCAUCGAAGAAGCGUUACAGAUAAUCCACGACACCGAGAAGCCUGCCCACACCCCUCGGCCGGAGCAGCUUGCGAACGGCUUCUUCCUCCACAGCCAGGAGAUGGGCGUCCUGAACUGCAGCGUCCCGCGCAGCCAGUCCAGUCCCGAGAGCAUGGCGGACACGAAAGGCGCCUCGAGCCCCGCCACUGACAACACGGAGGUGGACACGGGGAUCCACGUCCCUUCGGAGGACAUUCCGGAAACUAUGGAUGAAGACUCUUCCCUGAGAGACUACACCGUGAGUCUGGACUCUGACGUGGACGACACAUCCAAAUUCCUCCAGGACUACAACCCCAGAGAGGCCUUGAGUCCCUGUCCCAGCACCGUCAGCACCAAGUCCCAGCCCGGUAGCAGCGCCUCCUCCAGUUCCGGCGUGAAGAUGACCAGCUUUGCCGAACAGAAAUUCAGGAAGCUGAAUCACACCGACGGAAAAAGCAGCGGCAGCAGUUCUCAGAAGACCACGCCGGAGGGCUCGGAGCUCAACAUCCCUCACGUGGUGGCCUGGGCACAGACCCCAGAGGACACGGGCCUUCCGCACGGCCGGGACACCACGCAGCUGCUGGCCUCCGAGGUGGUGCAUCUCAGGAUGAAGCUGGAGGAGAAACGGCGGGCCAUCGAGGCCCAGAAGAAGAAGAUGGAGGCCGCGUUCACCAAGCAGAGGCAGAAGAUGGGGCGGACGGCCUUUCUCACCGUGGUGAAAAGGAAAGGGGACGGCCCCUCCCCGCCCCGGGAGGAGGCGGCUGGCGCGGAAGACGGGAAAGUGUACGCGGAGCGGCCGCCGGAGAAGGAGCCACAGAAGGCGAACGGGCCGAGGAGCGGGUCCCCGGCGGACCCCAAGGAGGGCACGGAGAGCCCCGUGGGCAGGUGGCCGCCGUCCCCGAGCGCGCCCGGCGACCCCGAGGGGCCGUGGAGCCCGGCCGGCCCCGCGGAGGAGCCGCCGCAGGACGGCGAGCUGCUGGAGCACACGCGCUCCAUCGAGAGGCUCAACGCCUCCCUGCUCGUCCUGCAGCGGGAGAUGCAGCGCCUGGCGCUGCAGCAGGAGCUGCUGAUGCACAUGCGCGAGCAGCAGGCCUGGGUCAUCUCCCCGCCCCCGCCCUCUCCGCACCGGCCGGCCCGCGCAGGGAAGCCCCACCGGCCGCCGGCCGAAGCCCCCCGCCCUGCCCACCCGUCUCCGCAGCCCGCUGCCAGGAAGAGCGCCUCCUUCUCCGUCAAAACUCAGAGAACUCCCAGGCCAAAUGAAUUGAAACUCACGCCCUUGCACCGAACGCUGACGCCCCCUCGCUCUGUGGACAGCCUCCCUCGGCUCAGGAGGUUCUCCCCGAGUCAGGUCCCCAUUCAGACCAGGUCCUUCGUGUGCUUGGGGGGCGGCGGAGAGCCGGAAGCGAAGGAGUCCGGACGCAAGGAGGACGAGGAGGGGGAGGAGGAGGGGGAGGGGUCCACGGGCCCUCGGGAGCAGCACGGGCACAUCCCGGAGGACGAGGAGGCGCGGGCUCCGCCCCCUGCGGCUCCCGAGGGCCUGGCGCGGCCCGCCACGGAGACCGCGUGGCCCACCCGGAGCGAGGACUGCGUGAGUCAGCCUGCAGAGCCUCCUUGCAGACCUGCCUUCCCACCUGCUGCUCCUAAAAGUGCUAAUCUGAUUGAAGUCUCCCUCUCAGAUUUGAAAGCCCCUGAAAAGGCUGAUGUAUCUGUUGAAAAAUAUGACGGAGAAAGUGAUAAAGAACAAGUUGACGACGACCAGAAAGUAUGCUGUGGAUUCUUCUUUAAGGAUGAUCAAAAAGCAGAAAAUGAUAUGGCAAUGAAACGGGCAGCUUUGUUGGAGAAACGACUAAGAAGGGAGAAAGAGACCCAGCUGCGGAAGCAACAGCUGGAAGCUGAGAUGGAGCACAAGAAAGAGGAGACCAGGCGUAAAACCGAGGAAGAACGUCAGAAGAAGGAAGAUGAGCGAGCCCGCCGGGAGUUCAUCCGGCAGGAGUACCUGAGGCGCAAGCAGCUGAAGCUCAUGGAAGACAUGGACACGGUCAUCAAACCUCGGCCUCAGGGAGCAAAGCAGAAAAAGCAGCGGCCGAAGUCUAUCCACAGAGACCACAUUGAAUCCCCCAAAACACCCGUAAAAGGUCCUCCAGUCUCUAGCCUUUCUCUGGCGUCACUGAACACAGGCGACAGCGAGAGCGUGCAUUCAGGCAGGAGGACCCCGAGAUCAGAGUCUGUAGAAGGCUUCUUAUCUCCAAGCCGUUGUGGCAGUAGAAAUGGCGAAAAGGACUGGGAGAACGCUUCGACCACUUCUUCUGUGGCUUCUGGAACAGAGUACACAGGACCAAAGCUCUUCAAAGAACCCAGUGCAAAAUCCAAUAAGCACAUAAUACAAAAUGCUUUAGCUCAUUGCUGUUUGGCUGGCAAAGUAAAUGAAGGUCAGAAGAAAAAAAUACUGGAGAAAACCUUUCUAAUUGCCAACAGACUUUUAUUAAUUGAAACUGGACAUCCAGCUCUGUUGUCAUGACAACUGGAAUGUAGACCGCAGCGUUUGGAGUGCAGGAGGACCCACACGGGUGAUAGGCCAGGCGGUGACGCGCUGUCCAGCUCACAGGUGGAGGUUCGCCUGCUCGGUAUUCGACACGUCGAAGCACUGAGUUCUCAUAUGGACCCUAGUUGAAAUACGGCUAAGAUUACGAAUUGUGUGUUUUGUUUGUUGCUUUUUUUUUCCCAAGAACUUUUUAACGUACAUGCCUGUCUCCAGAUGGUUUAUUUUGCUGUUUUUCUCUGCUGGGGGUUUGUUCCAAGAUACCUUUGUAUUUUGUUUCACGUGGAGAUCACGCGAGUGGGAAAUAGGCCUUCAGAGGUAACUUGCGUCUUUCUUAGGGUGCUGAGAGAAACACUAGCGUUUAGUUUUACAGCAACCCUCAUGUUUUAAUGGUGUUAGAGCAUUUGCAAGAAUUAUUCUGCUAAGUAUUUACAAGUCCAUAUUUAUUAUUCACUCAAGUAUUAAUGUUUCUCUAUUAAAUGAGAGGAGAAGUUGUGAAGAGCUGCUAUAGGUUCACUUAAACCACAUGAGCUUAACCAAGAGGAUGUUAUAAGAAGUUGCUAAUUAAAUCAGUGCUGGUUUUACACCACUUCUGGCCAACUCAGAAUAACUUGGAUUGUUCUUUUAACAGAAAGGCUUUCUAUCAUCUCUCUUAAAGCAUGUCACUUUAUAAGCUGGCGGAAGUGAAGGACACUUGGAGAAGAGUCUCGGAAUCUGAGGAUGUAAGACUUCCUGCCAUGAGUUCUCAAGAGGUCUUUACGUUAUAUUUAUAACUGAUAUAAAAAAUGAUAUUUAGAAUUUUUAAACGUGUACAAAGGGCUACGUUUUAAUUUUAAAAUGGCUUCACGUUCUUUUGCUUACGUUGAGUCUUUCUUCUUCUUUAUCCUUUUCAAGUGGCUCAGCUUAGGUUAAGUACUACACACUUGAACUCUUCUCUACGUGGUCUUUGUUCCUUUAACAGUGUACACCAGAGGGUUAGUUGGGGGAAAACUUCAUUCUCAGGAAAAGACUUGAAUGAUUCUGUGACCCUGUCACGUUUCAGUGUUGUGACAACCGUGUAAACUUAGAGGGAAAGACAGUAUUGUAGCGUAUGUGAGAUGUGUAGUCUGUUUUCUUUCACGGGAAGUAGAGACUAAAAUUUAUACAUUUCUCUAAUUGAGUUGUUUAGAGAAAUAACUAAUAUCUCAUAUGAUGUAUUUACUUAUUUUUUAAAAAGAGUAGGAAUGAGAUGUCCCUGAACUGUACUUUUCUAUUAUUAUAAGGCCUUUAGGCAUCAGUGCAUCUGGGUUAUCCACAUUUUCUCAAAUGCUGUCAAUAUUUUACUGUAAUUUAUGUUCUUAUAUUUAUGUAUAUUUGUUAAAACUGUAAAAAAAAAAAAUUUCACAGAUUUUUUCCAGUACCUGUGCAAGAUAUAUGUGUAGCUCAGAACUAUUUGUGAUCUACUGUUUGCAUGUAAGAGACCAGGAUAUAUGUAACUCUUAUAUUUUAAGUGUAUACAUACUGUGUAUAUAAUAUAUGGAGAUUUAAACUGGGGGACUGCACAUGUUACCUUUCAGACAACCGUUUCUAUCACAAUGAGAAGGAAAUGAUUGUCAAAUACAUGUUUAGAUUGACUAGUUUAAAAAAAAAAAAAGUAAGUGAAUCUAAUCAAAAUGUGGUAAAUAAUAGAGACAAAAGGAGAAUUAAUGAGCGUUCUACAUUACUAAAUUUGUUCUUUUCAAUCAAUUAAAUUUCCUUUAUCAAAGCAAUCUUCUUGGUGAUACUACUUGGCCAUAAAUUUUUUUUUAAUUGGCUGCCAGACAAUGGAGGGACUAACUGUGUAAAACCAGACAGGACCACCCUUUAUUCUCAAAUUUGUGUGUGUCCAACAACGUCCACAGUGUCUAAAGGUAGAAUGUGAACGUUGCCACAAAAGUUCCUUGCUCUCGGUAUGUUUUACUUUCUUCAUGCGGAAAGAAUAUGGAUAUAUUUAAGUCUGCAGAUGUUUUUUAAAUUAUGUUUUGAAAAUUAUACACAUGAAAAUUACGCUAUUUCAUAAAGUCUGGAGAUAUCCAUCAACCUUAUUGAAACACAUUGGUGCUUCUCAUCAUUGGAGGGUCACAUUAUUAGGACAAUUAUUCAGUUAAGUUUGCCAAACAAACCCGUAACGGUUACCAGUGCGGCCUGUCAAAUUCUGCCACGUGACACAGCCUUGGAAAGCUUUUCAUUCCUCUCGGCUUUUCCCGUUUGCUUUAGAACGACUGUUAACCGUUUUUAUUUGGCUGUUUUUAAAGCCGAAUUCAGCUUUUUGACUGUGGUUUCAUGGGCACUUCGGGCGGUGCGCAGUGUCUGGUGUGCUUACUGUGUACCCCGGAGCAUCGCUUACAGGAUUUUUUACGAUGCUGUGCUGUAAAAUACUGUCCUAUUUGCUACUUCCUGGUACCGUGUAGUUUUUCCCCUUUCAUUUGAAUAAAAGCAUGGCACCAAA